GCAGGUCCCGGGGAUGCUCUUUGCGGGUCCCCUCCUCUGCUGAAGCUGUCUAGGUCACUGAAUGACCGGAGCAUCUCAUAGCGGCUGAGAUCCCAGGCAAUGAGGUUUUCCAGGCUGUCUUUCGCUCUGCUGCUCCUCGGCUGCUGCCUCUUCGGGGCAUCGACAGCCAGGAAGAACAAGGAUAGCACACGGGGAGCGGCCGAGUCGGUUCCUGGCCCCGCUGGGGGCUCCUCGGGUCGCUUCUCCAACCCCGAGCAACAUGCGUGUAGCUGGCAGAUCCUGCUGCCGGCCCCCGGAGACUCGUCCGCUUCGGGCGCCGAGGGAGCAGGCGCAGGCAGCGAGCUCACGGUGAGCUGCCAGAGCCCAGAAGGGUCGCGCUACCAGUGCGCCUACCGCGGGGAGCCGCAGCGCUGCGCCGCGUACAACGCCCGCGGUCCGCAGUAUUGGAAGCAGGUGGUGGGGAAGCUGAGGAAGAAGAGGAGGCCCUGUCACGACCCGGCUCCGCUUAAAGCUCGGCUUUGUGGCGGCAAGAAGGGACAAGGAGCCGAGCUCCAUCUGGUGACCCGGCCGCUGGACGCCGCCGGCGCUGGGGCCAGCUCGGCCGCCACCGCGCUCCCUGGCGAGGGCAAGGGCAAGAGCAAGGGCCGCAGCAGGGGCCAGGGUCGUGCCCGGGAGCCCGCCCACGGAGCUGAGGAAGGACCGAAUCUACCCCGAGCCCCGCCGCCGUCGGGGACCCCGGCUGUGGGCGGUGUGGCCAAAGAGAAGGGUCCUGGGAAGAAGGGCAGCGGGGGCAAGCGCAAAGAGACCCCGCCAUCUGACGAGGAGAGGCCAAUGGAGGCUGGGCCGGCCCCGGGGGGCCCGCUGGAGUUUAACGAAGAGUUGACAGAAACCUACUGCGCAGAAAAGUGGCACUCGCUGUGCAAUUUCUUCGUCAACUUCUGGAAUGGUUGA